AUGCCGGCCCUUGACGCUGCAUGGCGAAGCGAGUUGAUCGACCGCCAGGUUCCUCAGCAAGUCUUGGCUUUCUUCGAGAACGAAGGAAUUGUCAGCGCAUCUCGUUUGGCAAAUUAUGUCGAUACCAGAGAUGAGAUCAUGACUUUAAUCGUCGACAAGAUUCCUGAGCUCAAUGGGAGCCGUUCUGUCAAAGCUUUGUUGACGGAAAUCUGGAGGGAAGCGGACCACUCAGAAUCCUUGCGGUUGCAGCGCAAAGCUGCCGGAUGCCGUGACGAUGACAUGGAGGAUGCAUUGCCGGAGCAUGUGACAGAAAGUUUGCGGCAGCGGUGGAAGCAAAGGUACAACUUUUCGCUACCUCUUUCGGAGACUUUGUGUGAGCCACUGGUAGGCCGAAUCAAGCGAGAGAUUGAACGUAAAACCCACACGUUGAUUUCGGUGGAGCGUGUGAGGUCUGCCAAAGAAACUGCUCGGUCGGGUGUUGGAAAGAAACUCAAGAUGAGCGAAGACGUCACUGUGUCCAUUGCUUCUGUUGGGGUGGUCAAAGGGCCUCGGUCAGUUCCUUCCGUCAUGGUCUACUUGAGUCUUCUGGAAAUUUUGCUCCAUGGCUAUGCCUAUGUCGGGAACUUUGUGGAUCAUACAAGCAACAGCCUGUACUGCAGUUUGGACUGUAUUCGGGAGUACCUCGCCUUCGUGAAAUCCAAAGUGGCGCCGUUGACCGGGGGCAUGCACUCUCUUUCGGAUUUGAGGCGGGCGGACGAAGACAGUAGAACUCUGUGGGCUGAACAAAUGCGGUCAGGAAAAACGUUUGAUGAAGCUGUCCAGGCUUCUGAAGCAAAGGUGGCCGCAUUGUGGCUGUUCGCAAGCCGCACGGACGUCGGCGCGGCCAGCGCAGUAGUGGUGGAGGAAGACGACGAUGCAAGGCCGACGAAGCGUCCAAAGGGUGAUCCUAACAAUGGUGUGGUGGCUCCUCCACCUCCGCCCGCGGUAGCAAAUGUCAACGCCGAGGGCAAAUCGAUUUGCCGGCUGUUCAAUGAGGGAAAGUGCAACGGGCAGAAAUGCAAGCAUGGUCGCCUGCAUGUGUGCAACUUCUUGACAAAGAAGGGCGCAGUUUGCGGUCAAGCCCACAGGCGUUGUGAUGCCCACAAGGCACGCUGA